CGCGCGCGCGAAGCGGUGUGCAGAUGUGUCGCAGAUUUUGUAAAGUCACUGGACGCUCACAGAAAGAUCCAGCUCAAGGAAGUCGCUCCGGAUACAUGGGCCCUUGAAUUAAAAAAAACAACUGCCAGGGGGAGGGGGGGGAUAAAGAAGAGCGGCGGAGGAGAGUAAAAACAGCAGAGAGGAGCCCUGUGUUGUCAUAACCGGGUAACGUUAGCUUAGUUUGUGGAGGAGAAGGACGUUACUUUGACAGUUAAAGCCCAGCGGCACGUCGGCGUCCACGGAGAUGGAGCUGUCGGCGAUUGGAGAGCAAGUGUUUGCUGUGGAAUCAAUCGUAAAGAAAAGAGUUAGAAAGGGGAAUGUGGAGUAUCUGUUGAAGUGGAAAGGAUGGCCUCCAAAAUAUAGUACAUGGGAACCUGAGGAACAUAUCCUGGACCAGCGCUUGGUGCAGGCCUACGAAGAGAAAGAGCAGAGAGACAGAGCUGUGGGUCACAGGAAGAAAGGAUCCAAAUCCAAAAGACUCCUUCUGCAGAAUACCGUUUACACCAUGGAUCUCCGCAGCGCUCACAAGACUCCAGAGAAGCCUCCGCCUCGGCUUCGUCUCUCCCUGACGCGCUCGCUGGUCCCCGAGGACGAGGACGAGCCGUACGACGCCUGCGAGCAGGACCCGCGACAGCAGGGCGCGCAUCACAAAAGCAGACCCAGGAGGUCGCAGUUCAGGUGCCUUGACUCGAACCCCCCGAGUCCGACACAAGAGGACUGGGAGGGGCUGGGAGAGGAGGAAGAAGAGGAGGAGGAAGAGGAGGAGGAAGAGGAGGAUGAGGACAAUGUAGAGGAGACAGAGAAGGAGACAACAGAGAAAAGCGGAGGCAUUCUUAAUGGACAAGAGAGGACAGAUCGGGUGGAGCCCCGCCGCCGAUCCAGACGAGGUCACCGCGUCGGAGAAACCGGACGAUGUCUGGCGACCUGUCAUCGCGCCGGGAGAGGUGACGGUCACGGACGUCACCCUCAACUCCCUCACAGUGACUUUCCGAGAGUCGAGAGUGGCCAAGGGCUUCUUCAGAGACUGGGGCCUGGACGUCUGAGACCCACAGUGAAGUGGGAGUAGGUUGGCGAGGGCGGGCAAUGCGGGAAGGAGCUGGAGACACUGGCUUAAUCGCAGUGUGUGAAUGGUGUUUAGGGCCCGAGGUUGGUGUUUUCAUUCCGUCUCUGCAACCUCUCGCUCUGCUCUUCCCCUUGCCAGCUACUCCCAGUCUGGUCAGUGGUACGUUUACAUGCACAGAGUCACCUGAAUAUGAGCCGAACUCCAGUUCAUGUUAUAUUUGGGUCGAGCUGUUCACCUUUGAAACUGAGUUGUCCUGAAUUAAAGGGGCAUCAGAUCCCUGUUAAGAGGAGAAAGUUAGCUAAUUAGAGAUCCGAAAGAAACACCUGGUGAAGAGGCAACAACUUAAAUAAUGGAAUAAUACUUCUGUUUUGUGGGACCCAGGUUGCUGAUUGUGGCUCAGAUGCACUCACAAAGAUGCACUGGAGGACCAAAUGCGGGCAGGCGCUGGCUGCCAGGUUUAAGUAGAUUUUUGAAGGUGCAGACUGAGGAGCCAGGUCCAGGUAGCAGGAGUCGGGUCAGUGUCAGCCCCUGGAAAUGGGACUAGGCAGGUGAGACGGUGGAGUGACGUGUAAUUCCCUUAAACAGGGUCAUAAAGUGAGUUAUUGAAUCUCACAUCUACCUAAAGAAUCUUUGAGGUGUUUGGGUCUGAUGCAAGUACUGAUUGUUUUUUUCCAGUUUUUGUUUUUUAGACAAACACAGUUAGGUUUUACAUUCGAUCUGACUCACCAAAAAGCGUCAUGUAUCCUUAAGGCCUAACAAUCAGAUUUAAGGCCGUUAAGAGCAUGGGCCUUAUGCACGACAUUUUCAUAUUUUUAUCUAUUUUCCACGUCAGAUUUGGCAAACAUGAGCUCACUUUUAUAAUCUUCAUGCAAAACCUUCUUUUGCAAAGUAGACAGUAAGUAAAGCUGUCAGAUAAAUCUAGUGGUUUGAAAGUAUAAAAACCACAGAAGUAGCACAAAAUCAGAAAUGGAAAAAGUACAGGUUUCAUACAAUUGCACUUAAAGUCAGUAUACAUGUAUGAGCAGCUCUGAGUGUGAGUAUAGACUACAGACACUGAGCUGUGACUUUUUCAUUCGGGGGAAGUAAAACUUGGAAACAUCAGUAAUCGCGUGAGAAGAAGAAAAAGAAGAGGAAGAUCCUCUGUGCAUGUAAACAUGGCCGCUGUUUCUGUCUUUCUUCCACACUAAGCUAACUGUUCAGUACUGGACUCAAACGUAUUGUACAUACUCUAAACUACAGUGAGGUGGGCAUAGCUGUCAGUCCCAUACUAACAUGCAGUGCUGUACCUGUAACCUGUAAACAGACUGUUACUACUGUACAACAUGUGGCUUAGUCUUGUAUGCGUUUCAAAACCCUCUUUAGAGAUGAUUUGAUCCGCCUGCAUGCCUCUUCCCUCCAGUACAGUUCUUAUCAAUGCAAAGACAGACAGUGUAGUUUUCUCUGUCCACCUAGCUCUUCAUCUCAAAACAUACAACGCGCCAUACGAGUGAGUCUUGUACCAAAAGUAGAAAACUAGAUGAGGCUUGGUAACGGAAUGUAUUAUGGAAUUGCACUGUAUUUACAUUACAAGCAUCUCUAUGUAGAGUUUGACCUGCAGUUUUCAAGGAAAAUAUCACUUCUGAAAGUGGUAAUUUGUGACAAUGUCCAAAAAAAAAAUCACUCACAGUGUUUAUCCCUAAAUUUAUUAUUCUGAAGGUGGAAAACCCUCCUUUAGACUAUUUCAUACAAUAAAAGUCUACUAAAAUCCAGUCUGUUAGCUGUUAGCUGUUUGCCCUUUAACUACCAAUCAUAGAGUUUACAUGACAAACAACCACAUUUUUAGAACACAACUAAGUUUUAUUCAUUUGUUGCCUUUAGGAAAGCAGUGUUUUCAGUUAAAUGACCAUCAACCUGCAGACUUAAACCUUGUUUUAAAGGGGCUUCAUGUAAGUUUUUGCUAUUGCUGCUUAGCCAAUGUUAGCAUUAAAUGUUAGCUGUUUACAUAGCAGUCUAGAAGAAGUGAGUUCAGCAUCAGACUUCCUUCCUUUACUCACCAAUAGCCAGUGUUUUGUUUCUACUUCUAUCACUUCUUUUCUUCUACUGAUUUUAGCAUGCUAAUUAGCUAGCUACGGCCAGUCUUGUUACUUUCCGAUAGCGAGUCACUGUAGCGUCCAGACUGCCCUGAAGAAGUAGCGCUGCUCAGAAGGGCGUAUUAACCUCUUGUAAACACAACAAUGGCUGAAGCUCUUGGCAAGCGACCAUCACCUCCACCUGCUCCCAGCAAGAAAACUUACACAUAGCCUCUUUAAUAGGUCACAGUCGUCUUGUUUUAUGAAUUAAGUUGUGCUAACAUCAUGUAGUAAUGCAGUUACAAUGAAAUACUGUUUGGAAAACCCUAUUUGGCCACUUGUAAAAUCAAACCAUUCAGCAAGAGAAAUUUACUCAGUCAUUGAUUCCCCAACAGGAGGUUGUGAGAUGAAACUAGUAGGUAACAAAAUGCUCAUUAAGAAAACACAUCAAGGUCACUUUGGCAGCUGUUCCUUGAGCUUUCGAUCAUAUCACAUGAUCUUCGUUAACAGAUGGAGUUUGCUCAGUUGUCACAGAAUUUCCUGAAGUUUCAAAGCUUGGGAACAGCAUAUCAGUAGGAUAAUAUUAAUAGAUCAAAAUAGAUUUAGAUAUCACUUAUACAACUUAUUUGGUCAGAAAAAAUGAAAACUUCAGAAUCUGCAAAUCCAUCUCAAAUUAACUGAGUCCUGUUGCUGCUCUAAAGGUAGGAAAUUAAUCUAAAAACCUGUAGUAUGCCUUAGAAAAACAGUUAGCAGUGGUAUAAAGUAUAUGCAAUCAAAAAAUGGGCUAAAACAUGAGAAACCAUGCCAAACAAUCAGGUGGUUAAGAAACGAAAUACAAAGAAAAUAAUGAGAAAUAUUGUAAGAAUUUAAAGCUUGGAAGUGAAAAGUUUCCCCACAGUUUUACACCGAACAGACACAUUUAGAAAAUAAAAGCCCCACUCUGAAGCCGGUGUAUUGGCUUCUGGCUUCCUGCCCAGUGGACACAGGAGCUGAUGUGAUGUGUCACGUCUGUGGAAUCUCCCACAGCGGCGUCCCAUUGGUCCAUAAGUUGUUUAUCCCACACUGAGGAUGAUGGGUCAGCGUCUCGUGAUCCCAAAACUGUCUGUGUGUGAUAAUGAAGCUGCAGGGAAUGGAAGUGCCUGACGUUGCAAAUUUUCUUCUUGUUGUUGUGUCUGUGGAGCUUUUAGGGCUAAUGUCUCUCUCUCUCUUGAUCCUAAACACACACACACACACACACACACACACUGUCCCAGCUUAUUUGGUUUCUGUAUGUCUGAAUGCACGACCCUCGACUGACGUUAUUAAGACUUGAAAUAUGAGGAGAUGUUAAAGAGGAGGACGGUGGAGGGGAGCAUUAAGAGGAGAAACAUGUAUUUUUUAGUCGUUAUUUUUCUACAUUGACCUGAAUGUAUAUUUAUUCUUUAAAGAUACCUGUGUAUUUGUCACGCAGAUGACUGAAUAGUUUUUAUACAGUUUGUGAUAACCACUGAGCUGAUGCCAUAUCUAAAUGUACUGACGUGACAAAACAAGCGCCCUGGAGUUUCUGACGUCGCCUAACGUGGUCGCUUGUGCUGCUUUUCGUCCACCACCGAGCGAAGAACCUUGCACUUUAUUGUGAUGUAAACCUGCACAUUACCUGCUCCAGUCUACAAAGUGUCAUUGUGUAUAGAAUAUUUCUAUGGUAAUACUAAAAUAAAUGUUGCUCAUGUUUGAUCUAA